AUGCAGCUUGUCGGUUCGAAAAGGUCGCAGCGCCUCGAGGAUAUCGGCGAGGGGAGCGUGUCGCUUCUCCCCACCGACCCAGAGGACAUGUGGCAUGCGAACAACUUGAUCGGUCCUGAAGACGAAAUCAAGGCCCACGCCAUCCGAAAGGUGACAACCGAGUCCAAGACAGGCAGCACCAUGUCGGAGCGCGUACAUACCGACCUCACCAUAAAGGUCACCUCGACCUUCUUCGACCCUGGCUCUUCGCAGCUGCACGUGUCGGGCACCGUCAUCACCGAGAACAACUUUGUCAACCUCGGACAGUACCACACCCUCGACCUCGAGCUCAACCGGUCCUUCACCAUAUGGAAGAAGUACGGCUGGGACACGGUCGCAAAGGCCACGCUCAUGGACGCGCUCCAGCAGGACAAGGAUGGCGCCGUUGCCGCCGUCGUCAUGCAGGAGGGCAUGGCCAACAUCUGUCUGAUCACCGAGUUCCGCACCAUCCUCAAGCAGAGGGUCGAGAGCACCAUCCCCAAGAAGCGGUCCGCCAGUUCCGACCAGGACUCGGGCAUGCGGCGCUUCUUCGACAAGACCCUGUCGACCCUGCUCCGCAGCAUAGACUUUGCGAAGCCACGGCCACUGCUGCUCGCCAGCCCGGGCUUUGUGGCCGGCGACUUCAAGAAAUACAUGGCGGACGAGGGCACGCGGAGGGCGGACAAGCCCCUGAUGGCCAUGGUCAAGUCGGCUACCGUGGUCCAUUCGAGCUCCGGACACCUACACAGCCUCAACGAGGUCCUCAAGAGCUCCGAGGUGACGGCCACGAUGAAGGACAUGAAGUUCUCCAAGGAGACGGGAUACAUGGAUGAAUUGUUUGAAAGGCUGCGCAAAGACGACGGUCGCGCCUGGUACGGCACGGGGCCGGUGGAGAAGGCAGUACAGGAGGGCGCGGUCGGACGAGGCGGCGGCGUGCUGUUGGUCAACAACUCGCUGUUCCGAAGUCAGGACAUUGCAACGCGGAGGAGGUAUGUGGCGAUGGUCGACAAGGUCAACGAGGACGGAGGGAAUGCAAGGAUUCUGAGUAGUGACCACGAGAGUGGGCAGCGACUGGAUGCCCUGGGCGGUAUUGCGGCGAUUCUGACUUAUCCCAUGUUGGACCUAGACGAUGAUGACGACGAAAUACAGGACGGCGGGCAAGCUGAAGCCGAGGGCAUGAUAAUAUGA